GCCGAGUCAAUACCCCGCCCUGCAGCGGGAGGCGGCAGAGUUGGCGGCCAGCCUGGCGGCACCGCGGCGCGUGCUGGCGCUGCUGGGUGCGCUGUGCGAUUCGGCAGCUGCGGCUGCAGCGCUGCACGAGGCGACGGUGUGGCAGGCGAACGCACGGGCUUGGUGCGAGCGAUUUGGACAGCAGUAUGCAUGGUACCCGGACCUCUCCCAACCAGUGCAGCUCGCGGUCUACGAGAUGAUCCGUGGCGUGGCGCUCCUAGCCGCCGCCGCACCCGCCUCCUCACCCGCAGCGCACACCUACCACGCCGCUGCCGCCCCAGCUGCCCCGCUGGUGCCCCAGCA